GCUCGUUACUGCCGGCAGGGCGUGCAGGAUGUGCCUGUUCCAGAUCGAGAUACCCUCCUCCGUAGGAGCCUGUGCGACGGUCGUUGCUGGAUGAAGACCCGCGCUUGGUUAGGGGUGGCUAGACCUUGACCCGGCUACAUACCUACCUAGGUCCGUAGUAUAUACCGACCCGGUAGAGAGCUGGGGAUGUGGAUAGAGGGCCGAGGUGCAGGCUGCAUUAGGUCUGUCGGUAACGCCGUGAUGUUGGGCAACCCCUCUUCCCGCCUGCACCACCGGUGGUCAGCGUCGAGCUUCCCAUCGUCAUUUUCCCUCUGCCAUCCGCCUAGGUAGACCUUGCCCCCAGCCUACUCCCUCCCGGCGGCUUCCCUAUUUGCGCCAUGGCGGAGGGCCGCGAAGCGACUGGGCUCUUCCGCCUGUUUCCCCGGCCAGGUCGGCCGUACAACCCAGCGGACUACCGCGCCGACAUCGUCGCCAUCCACAGCCUCAACGGCAAGCCGCACAGAACACGGACCGACAAGGACGGGCAUCUGUGGCUGCGGGACUCGCUCCCUGCAUAUGUGCCAGGGACGCGCAUCAUGACCUUCGGCUACGAUUCGGCCGUUUUCUUUCCAGCUCGCGGGCGACCAUCCGCGAUUACGUCGCCGACCUGGCCCUCCGACUCGAACACUCGCGAUCCGACCCUGAAGAGAGAGAACGGCCUCUGAUCUUUGUCUGCCACAGCCUCGGCGGCAUUGUUUUCAAGGCGCUCCUUGUUUAUCUGUCCCUACGGUCAUUUGCUACGAACGAAGAUGACUCGCCCAUUCAGCAGGCGCAAUCUGGAAGCCGCUUCAUAGCUUUCAUCUCUACUCGCCGGAUGACCCCAAAUUACACGGCUCUGGUCCCAUCUGGACUCCAAGUUCUUCAGCCCUCGCGAUGGAGAUUGGAAAAGAAGAUACACAUCUACCUCGAGAGUGGGAUCGAUGAUCUUGCCGAGGAAAACAAUCCAUUUAGGCGAACGCUAUCAGGAGCCGACGGCUUGCGGGGAAGGAUUUGCGAGAGGAUUGCCGAAGCAGCCAACGGCAUGUUCUUGGCGGGCGUGGUUGCAUGCGAGGACUUCCGCAAGGGCCUGCUCUGGAAUGAAGAGGUCGUUGAAACGAAGCUGAAGAAUCUAAUUUCGGCUGGCCCCGCACUGCCGGCAUUUUACGAUAACAUCAUCGCUUGGAUCGACAAUGGCAUGAUCGACGAUGCCCUGACAAUCUUUUUUGUUAUAGCUAUCGCUCAUCACCUCCUCUCCGAAAUCCAGCUUGGGAUAAUUUUUGGGAUGGGGCGCAGCACUCGGCGGAUUAAGUCAUCUUUAGAAUUCCAUGUAUUCGAUAACCUUGGAGGGGUUGUUGAGAAGCACUUCCCAGAGCUUUUAACCGUCCACCCAGACAACACCAUUGGAUUUAUCCAUAUCUCUUUCAAGGAACACCUCGCGAGCAGCACAAAAUAUAGUCGGGUUCUAGACUCUGGCCGUAGGCUUAUGUCACGGGCAUGCCUCACAUACUUGAAGCUGCAAGACAUGUUGUCGGCGCUCGGCCGUCUGAAGCAGUGGCCCCACGACUGCUGCAGGAAAUCUUUGGAGCCUGCGGCACUUCUACUCGUCGAGCUUGGAGCCAACCUUUCGAUACACAACCCCAACGACCCCAAUGUGUGGUAUAGGACACCAAUCGUCAUUGAGGCUGCGUUAGAGGGGUGCUGGGGCUUGUUCGAUAGGCUCAUCGGUCACUCCAUGGCAAAUCUCAUUCUCGAACAAACUCCCCAAGCUCUGGACAGAAUCCAGGCUAUCCUGGCAGUAACAGCAGAUGCGAACCCCCAAGAUAGCGAGGGGAUCACGCCAUUGCACCUCGCCGCCUCCUAUGGCAACCUAGACGUUAUCAAGGCCCUCAUCUCUUCCGGCCGUUCGGCUGGCAAAGGUCUCACAGUUAAACUCAUCAAGGCUGCAAGCCCAGGCACCCUGGGCCUCCAUUUGGAUCUUGCCGGCAUGGGCAUCCUACAUCACGCAGCCUGCAAUGACUGGAGCGAUGUUAUCGAGAUGUGCCUACGGCAUGUUUCCAAAGAUGGCAAGUCGGGCGCGGCGGAAGCGCACCUCGGCCCGGAUCAGGUCGACCACUCGGGGCGCGCGCCGCUGCACCACGCCGCAAAAUUGGGUAAUCUUGCUGCCUGCCGGGCCCUCCUGGGCGCCGGGGCGAGCGCGACUUUGAAAGACAGGGGCGGCAGGACCCCGGCACACGUAGCCGCCGACGCCGGCUUCAAGGACGUACUCGUGCUGCUCAUCGACAGCGGGCGGGUGGAUGCAACCCAGCGGGACUUUGAAGAUCGCGACCUGGCCCACUGGGCGGCGACUCUUGACUGCAUUGACGUCAUGAUGGCCGUCGAAGGGCUGCCGGGGGCCAGGCUGGACCGCGCCGAUCGCCACUGCAAGCGUCCCAUCGACAUUGCCUACAUCUGCAAGCGCAGGAAUGUCGGCUUGUUCCUGGCCUCCCGUCAACUUCACUUGGACGUCUACCGUUGGGAUUCGCUGUAUGUCAGGCCUGCUGUGCAGGAAGAGGAAAACCACGAAGAUGGUAUUGCGAGUAAGCUGCGAAGCCUCGACGUGUCAGGAACAAGCGAGGCGGAGCGGGAGCAGAGAAAGCAGAUGGAGAGCAAGUACCGGGCCGAGGAUUGGAGCCUUGUCUGGUGUGGGAAUUCGGAUGAUGCUGACAAGAGGAUGGAGAGGUAUCGGGAAGAAAGAGCAAAAGCUGUGGGCAGACGGGGCGGCGGGUGA